GCCGCCAUGGCCGCGGUGCCGCUGCGGGGCCGGCGUGCGGCGCUCGGGCCGGGGGCAGCGGGGGAGCCGGAAUGCAAGCGGCUGUGCAGGCUGCUGGACACCAUCCCAGGGCAGGCUGCUGCCCAGCUCAGGGACUGUGCCAUGGACCUGGAUCCCAGGCAGAAACUCCUCCCUGACUCUGCUCCCUGGGCUGCAAAGGCAAAGCACAAUUCUGUGGUUUUGGAAAACCAUGGGAGCAAAGGCAUUUCCCAACCCUGCCCAAGAUGUGUCGCUGGAGAAUCUGGCCACUUCAGUCACAUCCUGGGCUCCUAGAACAGGAGAGGAGCAGCUCUGAUUUCCUGCUGGGAUCCCCAGGGUGCAGCUGCUCCUGGGUCCUGCCUGCCUCAGCAUCCCUGCACCUGCACCCCUGCCCAAAACCCUCUGCUCCUCAGGGAACUCAGAAUUGCCCAUAAAGGACAAGGAAGGGAUUAUUCCAUGUUUAGGUAACUCAGAAUUUGUCUAAAAAGGACAAGAAAAUGAUUAUUUCAUGUUUUGGUAACUCCGAUUUUGUUUAAAAAGGACAAUGAAAAGCUGAUUUCAUGUUUGGGUAGCUCAGAAUUCAUUUUAAAAGGACAAAAAGAGGCAGAUUUCUUGUUUAGCUCAGAAUUUGUUUUAAAAGGACAAGGAAAGGCAGAUGCCAUGUUUAGGUAGUGCAGAAUUUGUCUAAAAAAACAAGAAAAGGCAGAUUUUAUGUUUAGGUAGUGCAGAAUUUGUUUUAAAAGGAAAAGGAAAGGCUGAUUUCAUGUUUAGGUAACUUAAAAUUUGUUUUAGAAGGACAAGAAAGGGCUAAUUUAAUGUUUUACAUUGAUUAUGUUGAGCUGGCUAUGGGCCCAGGCUUCACCUGGGGCUGGGCCAGAGCUUGUGUUGAUUCCAAAGGUUUUCCCAACAGCCCUGACCCCCUUGGAAAAGCUCUUUUUGAAAAUCCUCCUUGUGCAGGGCCGCAGGCAGCAAUGGGAGGACACAAAUUUUCAUUUUUAAGUGGCUUUGCAGCUGUGAAGUCCAGGAAAAUCCCAUUGAAGCUUCCCUUUAAAUCCCAAAAAAAAUCUGUUUUAAAAGGCUUGACCUCGUCACCCAGCAGGCUUUUACUGGCACAAAUCUGAGGACAGGUUAAUUAACCUCUGAAAGGUUAAUUUUGGGGUUAUCAGAUUGCAAAAUCCUCAGGCAAAGGUUUUUUGCAGUCCUUGAAUCCUUCCCAUGUUGUGUGUGGAGUUGGAGUCAGCACUGAGUUGAGAUAUUCUCAUUAAAUAAAUUAAUAUCACAUAAAUACUGAGCUUAAUUAAGUAAUACACGAGGUUAUAAAUCUAAAAGCAGACCUGCACUUAAUUAGCAUUCAGAUUUUGGUUUAAAAAAUAAGUUUCCUCCAAGCCAAUAAAAAUUUUAGUUAAAUUAAGAAUAAAUACUUUCAAGUUAGUAUUUACAUACUUGAUCUGGGGGUCAGAAUUUGUGGGGAAUUCAUUUUUACAUCCCCCACCCUUGUCUUUUAAAAAUCCUGGUAAUCAAAGCAGUAUUUUAAAAAACAAAGUGGAUAAACAGCAGUUUCUAUGCAGCAAAAGCUGAAAUACCUGAUUAAAUGUAAAGGGCUAAAAGGGUUUAGUUCCUCCAAAAUCACUCAAAACCUCAGGUGUGACGAGUCAUGAUUAGGACUGGUCAAAAAUUGGUCAAAUAUAGUCAAAUAUUCAGGUGUUCAAAGAGGGGAAUACCAAAACUGGACUCAGAGUCUGUGAUGGAAGAGUUUCCUGCCAGAAUACAUCAGGCAAAAGUAUGGGCUCAAGUUUAAAACACAGGGAGAACAUGGAUUAUCAAAGCAAAAAGUGGUUUUGCCUGAAAUAACUCCCAUUUUAUCGCGUUCAGGAGUUCCCAGAUACCUGUGUCAACAUUUCCUCUGUUUGCUUUACGCUUGGAUCUGGGGUGAAACCAAGAGCCAGCUGGUUCCUUUCUGGUUUUCCUUCUGCUCCUGCUGGGGUUUGUGGCAAGAAUUUAAAAUCCUUUUAAAUUCUCCUGCUUUUCCAGCAUUUGUUGGAAGUGUCAUGGUGAAUCCUAGGGCUGGCUGCAGCAGGAUUUUAAUGGGAUUUUUUGGAACUUUUAUUUUAUAACCAGAAUACGGAUGCAUAUUCAGUGCAGGUCUGCUUUUAGAUUUAUUUCCUCACGUGUUACAUGAGCAACUCAGUAUUUGUGUGCUGCUCAUUUAUUUAAUGAGGAUUUCCCAUUGUUUGUGGCAGGAAUUUAAAAUCCUUGUUUGGCAUUUAAAAUGCCAAUGUUUGUGGCAAAAAUUUCAAAAUUUUUACUAUAUUUUGACUAAAUAUAGUCAACAUUUCACACCUGAAACUUUGACUAUAUUUACCCAAUUUUCGACCAGUCCUAAUCAUUACGUGUCACACUUGAGUGAUUUGGCAGGAACUAAACCCUUUCAGCCCUUUACAUUUCCUCUCAGAUGUGAUUCCUGGCUCCCUGUUUUCCAACAGGGCAAGGAGUGCUUUUUUUUUUUAAAUCAGUCAGCAAAUUGGAGUUUAAUUGUCUGCUCCACGGAAGGCUUUUAAUGGUGAUACUUUUUUAAAUAGAUGUGUUUGUAAUUUAUUUUGGGAUUUUCCAGGAUCAUUAAGCUGGCACAGGCUGGGGCAGUGAAUAUUCCUUUAAAGCAGAUUUGUGUCAAAUCUGCAGUGGAACCACAGAGUUAUUUUUGUAUGCCUUGUAGGACUCUGAAAUUUUGUUUUCAUGAUGAAAAAAUAUAUAUAAAUUUUCUAUUUCCUGCUGCUGUGGUUUGUACAAAGAAUAACCAGUGAUGCUUUAUUUACCUUUAUAUAGAGAGAAAGGCCCCUGGCCUGUUUUUAAUUCAGGUUUAAAGGAUCUAAUUCUUAUUUUUAACUUUAUAUUUUGUAAAUUGUUCCUUACAAAAGCAGAAGCAUUAAACACCACUUUGGCUGCAGCAUAAAA